AUGGAGGAGAAGGCUUGAGGUAGAGAAAGCAGAAAUGCUGAAAUGGCACAGUGGAGCUUGUAAGAAGGAGUCGGGAAGAGACACUCUGACAAGCCAAGUCACGGUGUGAGAAAGGGAGAGCUUGCACCAGCAGCAGCUUCAUUAUCAUCGGCAGGAGAGUCAGUCACAUGCAGCCACACCGGGACUCUCACAGAUGAACCGUCACGCAUUGCUCACGGAGCAGUGCGAGUAGCCAGCGACGCAGCAGGACAGGGAAGCUUGAUGGAGGGGAUGAGGAGCAUCGCUGCCACCUGACUCACUCUGGGAGUCAACCUCACCACCUGCAGCGGCACGCCGAGCUCUCUCUCCACCAAGGAGUCUGAGGCAGACGAGGGGGAGAGAGCUGCUGAGAUUAUGCGCGGGGCAGCGAGCUCCAGCGGAUUCCCCAUCUUUGGCAACAGCGACGGCAGCAGCAGCGGGGGUAGUUGGAGCUUUGGCUCUCCAGACGAUAGCAGAGCCAACUGGAACUGCAGCAGAACAAGGAGCUCCGACUCCAAAGCUAUUUAUUUAUCCGGGGAUGAAAGCAGCAUUCACAGCCCCGGCGUAAGAGGAACCAGCUGCCGAUGUAGCCACAGUGUUGAAUGUACCUGUAGCCAAAGCAGUGACAGCUGCUGCAAAGCUGGUGCAAAGGACACCUCAGCGGUGCAGUUUGGUUUAGUUGUAGUAGCAGCAGGGGGGGGCAGUGGCUCAGGACACUGAAUGACCAGUGUGGCUCAUGAAGGCCACCUGGAUCCGCUUGCUGAAACGAGCCAAAGGAGGUCGAGUCAAGAGCUCUGAUGCCUGCGGUUCGGCCGACUCUUACACCAGCCGUCCAUCAGACUCCGAUGUUUCCCUUGAGGAGGAUAAGGAGGCAGCGCGCAGAGAGGCAGAGCGACAGGCUCAGGCACAGCUCGACAAAGCCAAGACCAAACCAGUUGCAUUUGCUGUCCGCACCAAUGUCAGCUACAGUCCGAGUCAUGACGAUGACGUACCUGUGCCCGGCAUGGCUAUCUCCUUCGACGCCAAGGACUUCCUCCAUGUCAAAGAGAAAUUCAACAACGACUGGUGGAUAGGACGUCUAGUGAAAGAAGGCUGUGAAAUUGGCUUCAUUCCCAGUCCGGUGAAGCUGGAAAACACUCGCAUCCUCCAGGAGCACAGAGCCAAACAGGGCAAGUUCCACUCCAGCAAACUGGGAGCAAACUCAUCGUCUAGUUUAGGUGAAGUGGUUCCUAACUCAAGGAAAUCUACUCCUCCUUCAUCUGUAGCUGUUGACAUAGACGCCACAGGUUUAGACCCAGAAGAAAAUGAGCUCCCAGUCAACCUGCGUUCCCCUAAAGCCAGUCCAAACACUGUUAUAUCACCCCUAGCAAAAGAGAAACGAAUGCCCUUCUUUAAGAAGACGGAACACAUUCCUCCAUACGACGUUGUGCCUUCCAUGCGGCCCGUAGUUCUGGUUGGACCGUCUCUGAAGGGCUAUGAGGUGACGGACAUGAUGCAAAAAGCACUGUUUGACUUCCUGAAACAUCGAUUUGAGGGAAGAAUUUCAAUCACCCGUGUCACGGCGGAUAUCUCACUUGCCAAACGCUCGGUACUGAACAAUCCCAGCAAGCACGCCAUCAUCGAGCGCUCCAACACACGAUCCAACUUGGCUGAAGUCCAAAGUGAGAUCGAGCGGAUUUUCGAACUGGCCCGUACAUUGCAGCUGGUGGUUCUGGAUGCCGACACCAUCAACCAUCCGUCUCAGCUUGGGAAGACAUCCCUAGCCCCCAUCAUCGUCUACGUGAAGAUCACCUCCCCCAAGGUGCUGCAGCGGCUCAUCAAGUCCAGAGGCAAGUCUCAGGCCAAACACCUGAAUGUCCAGAUGGUGGCCGCUGACAAGUUGGCGCAGUGUCCUUCUGAGAUGUUUGAUAUCAUCCUCGAUGAGAACCAGCUGGAAGACGCGUGUGAGCACAUGGCUGAUUACCUCGAAGCUUACUGGAGGAGUACUCACCCCACCAGUUCCAGCCCUCCUGACCCGGUAUUGACAAACCUGCCCGCAGCAGCCCUCCCGAGCGCACAGACGCCAGCCUCUGCCGUGCAGGGCAACGGAACGGAGCAGAAAGGAGAAAAGGCGUUGGUGGAACAGAAGGGGUCCAAAGAAGACAACCAGCAUCAUCAUCAUCACAAGCACCAUCAUCACCACCACCAGAGCCAGGAGCAGGCAGACAUAGAGGCUGAUGGGGACAGCAAUGAGGAGGAGAGGCCUUUAAGGACAGAGUCCAGCAAGAGAGCCCCACACAUCCACCACAGGUCAUCAUCCACCAGAACUGAGCAUCACAACCACCAUCACCACCAUCACCACCACAGCAGCAAAGCCAGGGGCCUCUCCCGGCAGGAGACUUUGGACUCAGAGACCCCCGAGAGCAGAGAGAGUCGCGAGAGCAAGGACUCGGCUCGCAUCGAGUCACGGGCUCCGCUCCGCCAUCAGGACGAGGAGGAGGAGGAGGAAGAGGAAGAAGAGGAGGACGAUGACGACGAGGAAUUAGGGGAGGGGCACCCCCAGCAGCAGCAGCGCUACGAGCCACUGCCCCACCGGGACCACAACCACCAUCACCACCACCACCAUCACCGCAGCGGGGCGGACGAGGCCGGCCAGGGACAUCACCGCUCAAAAGAGCGCGAGCAGGACCACAACGAACGAAACAAGCAGCGCUCUCACCACCACCAUCGCCCAGCACGAGACCACCACCACUACGAGCGGGACAGGGAGAGGGAGAGGGACCGUGAGGGGGAGGUGGCUCCCAAAAAGAGAGGUGAGGCAGGUGAGGUGUGGGCCAGAGACUCACACAUUCAUCAAUGACAGACCAAAGUCCUGCUGAAGCCCUUCUGGACUCUUCGUCCCCCCCAUCAUGCUGCUAAACCCUGAAGCAUCCUGUUUCUCUCCCCAUCUUUGUAAAUGCUGUCACGUCUUUUACAGGAUUUUGAUUA